UUUUCAACCGAAUGUAUCUGGUAUGUGCGUAUUUCCACCUGAAUUUGGCGGAAGAAUUCCAGUUGAUAUCGCAACAAAUGAACAUUUGUCAUAUUAUGGAUGUUGUUUAGCUAGUAGUGCACAAACGAAAGUUUCACUAUUUCAUCGACAUUGUUUACAAGAUUUUGUGUAUAAAGAAAAUUAUGUACAAGAUUAUGUUAAAAAUGAUGGACACGGUGGAUUGGAAAAGCAUAGUUUUGCACAUUUGGAUUGUCCGUUAGGUGAUAAUAGUGGCUAUUUUAUAUUAGGGAGAUUCGUUGAUAAAAACAACAGUGAAUUGCAUUUAACAGGAUUUCAUAUACCAACAAAACACACAUUAUAUGUUCCACCAUUGACAAUUCAUAGUAACGAUUAUUUGAAAGGUACAUGGCGAACAAUGUUAUCUGAUGAAGCGAGUAUUGAUCAUGUUAGCUUAACUCAUCAUCAUCGACUUAAUGGACAUGAUACAUACGAACAUUUUACAUUCGAGUUUGUUCAAUAA